AUGACGGGGAACGAUGAAAAAACGUUGUUAUUUAAAUCGACGUGGAGAAGAAAACACGGCAGAAUACCAGAGGACAACUACAGGCUGGCAGUAAGAUGGAGUUGCGCAAUACUCUUACUGGGAUUGACAGCAUCGAGGAUAUCAGUAGCUAUGGGGCAUUGCGAUUUAGCGGAAUUAACUUGCCGCGAUGGUAGGUGUGUGCCACUGGACGCCUACUGCAAUGGGCGCGAUGACUGUGGGGAUGGAAGUGACGAGCCAGCACUUUGCACGCCCUGUAAUCGAACUUAUAAUGGGCGAGAAGGCCGCACUUACGAGCUGGAUCUUCCAAGACCCACGGAAGCACGGCUGCCGUUUCUUUGCCACUUGACCUUCACAGCCAGUGGACCAGGUCACGGAGAACUGGUGCAAUUACUCUGGGACGCUUUUAGCAUCGGUCGUCUAGAAACAGUUAACGGAGAUUCUAACGAACCAUUUUAUUCAAGUUGCCCGGAGGGCUCUCUUCAGUUGGCUGAACUCGGGAAACCUUUCACCGGCGGAUCGUGGUGUGGUCCCGGUGAAGGAAGGGCUUCCUAUUACAGCGAGACUAGUACGGUCACUGCAUCUAUCAGACUGUUUCAUGCACCCUCAGCAGUACCAUUCGAAUUCCGUCUGCGUUAUCGGUUCAUUUCACGUAAUGAAGCAGUCGCACGUCUCGGCGAACCAGGAUUGACCAUCGAACGUGGAUCCCCAGUACCAGGUACUUACUGCUCACGCAACUUUUACGAGUGCCAUAAAAAGCAAUGCCGUGUACAGAGUCCAAACUACCCUGGAGAGUAUCCGAGAAACGCCAGUUGUCUUAUUACACUGAGGCAGAAAUUCGUGCCAACGUGUAAGCACGCAAUGAUUUCUAUAAAAGCAGCCAGCGGAGCAAACACUAUCAAUAAUGGAGCAUCUAUUCUUCAUCAGGGUUUAGCAAGCUCAUCCUUAUCGUCUUUUAAUAAUACCAACCAUAAUAAUAACAACAAUAAUAAAUCCUCCUCGUCUUAUAUCGAUUUUCACCACAAUAACAAUCAUUCAUUAGCUCACAAUAACACAAGUAAGCUCAGCGUCUGGCAAGACUGUCCACCGGAAAAGGAUCGUUUGGUCUUUCGUGAUGGAUCACGUCUCGAGGACGCAAUACUUCUUGUUUACUGCGGCGGACCCUUACCUAGAAUAACAGCCCGUGGCCCGGUGAUGCUUAUAGAAUUCCGCAGCUCACCUCUGGCAAUCCCAUUGGGAUCAUCUCCUCUACGUGUUGAGCUUCAAGUCCCCGUUGUUUACGUUGACUCUGACGGACUUGAUUACGCCCGAGGCGAACAGGGCUGUCAUUUUUUCAUCAACGACACGACUAAACGUAGUGGUAUUCUUCGUGCACCUCAGCACACACUUCCACUUGGUUCCGUAUGCACCUGGAACAUAAAAGGAUCAGUGGGCGAUAGAAUUUGGUUUUACUUCUCCUCAUUUACCCAGAGAGAUCUAACUGGUGGUUCUGAUAAUAAUGCAAUGUGCCAUUAA